AUGGUAGGUUGGCAUUCACUAUGGGCAGCCCUGCCGUUGAUAUGUAGCGUGUCAGCAAUGCAGCACUUCUUUGUCGAGGAUACAGAUCACAAUAUCGAUAUCAAGCCGUUACCCAGAUAUCCUACUCUUAAUCCAAAUUCGUCUGAGGUUUUACGAACUGGGCGUCAUGGAGCGGUUAGCUCAGACUCUGAAGCUUGUAGUCGAAUCGCCGUCGAACAGGUAUUGCAAAAAUUCGAGAAGGCCAAUGCUGCAGAUGCAGCCGUCACGGUAUCACUGUGCUUAGGCAUGGUUAACUUCUUUUCAAGUGGGAUUGGAGGAGGUGGCUACGCCGUCUUCCUCAGUGGAAACAAGCACGAUUCUCCUUCUGACCCUUUUUUUGUCGAUUUUCGUGAGCAGGCUCCAAAGUUGGCCCACAAAGAGAUGUUUGCACACAAUGCCAACGCAUCUCAAACCGGGGGAUUAGCGGUUGCUGUUCCAGGAGAACUGAAAGGACUGUAUGAAUUAUUUAUCCAGCGUGGCAGCGGUGGUGUUGAAUGGAAAGAUCUACUCGAGCCGGUCAUCGAGCUGGGAUUGAAUGGCUGGGCCAUAAACGACGUUACAGAGGCGGUUUUGAAAGUAUAUGAACCGUACUUCGUUGACCACCCACAUGAUUGGGGCUUCGUUUUGAACAAAGAAGGAAAUAGGACGUUGAAAGCUGGAGAAACUAUCAAGAGAACAGCACUAGCAGAAACGCUACGAGAGUUGGCACAGAAUGGUACAGUGGCUCCCUUCUAUGACCCAGAUCAUCGGAUUGGCAAGUCUUUGGUGCGAAAGGUCCAAGAGACGGGUGGGAUCCUCACUGGUGAAGACUUGUCGAGUUAUUACGUCAACGUCUCUUCACCAUUAUCUGCUAAGAUCCGUAAGGGGUGGGCCAACGUCCCGAACAACGAUUUAGAGGUUUUCACGAGCAGUGGCUCGAGCUCAGGUGCUGCGCUCAUGUCGGCCCUCAAAAUACUUGACCAUUUCCCAAAUUCACAAGGAGGUGACUACUCACCAGAGCAGGCAUACAUUCUUGUAGAAUGCAUGAAAUAUAUGUCUAGCGCCAGAAGCCGAUUAGGGGAUUUUUCCCUAAGUGGCAGUUUACCCGAGCGCAUCGAAGAGGUAUUGAGCGUGAACUGGACAGAGGCUGCAGUAGAAACCAUUAAAUUCAACAUGGACACAAUGUAUACCUUGCCAAACUGGACUGAUUAUCACCCGCUAUAUGAAAUGACAGAUCCGCACGGAACCACCCAUUUCAGUGUUGUGGAUAAAUAUAAUAAUGCGGUCUCAAUUACUUCAACCGUAAACCUUUUGUUUGGUUCCUUGGUUCAUGACACAGAGACCGGUGUUAUUUUGAACAAUGAAAUGGACGACUUUUCGCAACCUCGUCGUUCCAAUGCUUUUGGGCUGGCCGCUUCCAUAUACAAUUUUCCCGAGCCGGGCAAGAGACCGCUUUCAUCCUGCGCACCUGUGGUGGUACUCAAUGAGUUAGGCUAUCCAGAUUUGGCCAUUGGAGCUGCCGGCGGCUCGCGCAUCACUCCAAGCAUAUUCCAAGCUUUGGCCCGCAUCUACUGGUACAAUAUUCCGCUCAUGGAAGCGAUUGCUUAUCCUAGAAUGCACCACCAGCUUCUACCCGACCAAUUGGAGGUAGAAAGCUUUCCAAUGCUGGGCAAAAGCACAAUACAAUCUUUGCGUCAAAUGGGCCACAACGUGAUUGAACAGCAACCAAAGAGUGUAGUGAACGGAAUUAAAAGAGGCCUCGGGGAGUGGCACGCUGUGAGUGAUUUUUGGCGCAAAAGGGGAAUCGCAGUAGCCUACUAA